AUGAGCGACCCUCAUAAUCCCAAUAUCACGAACCGCACAACCCCUCAAUGGGCUCUCUACCAGCGGGAGAACUUUGAGAAGCUCAACGAAGGCAAAACCGCACCAUUCAGCACUGACCCGACCAAGCUUGAAGAAAGAGCCCACGAAUCCCUCAGCAAAGGCGGCUGGCUAUACGCGUCCUCCAACGCCGGCCUCUCAACAACCCACCUCGCAAACCGACAAGCCUUCUACCGCCACCGCAUAAUCCCCAACCAGCUCGUCGACACGAACCUCCGCGACACAACGACCGAGAUCUUCGGGCACCGUGUAUCGGCGCCCAUCGGGUUCGCACCUAUCGGCAUCAACAAAAUCUACCACCAAUCCGCGGAGAUCGCCGUUGCAAAGGUAGCGGGCGAGCUGAACUUACCAUACUGUCUCUCAACAGCGGGGAGUUCGCCCAUUGAAAAAGUCGGGGAAGCAAAUGGCCAAGGCAAUCCGCGGUUCUACCAGCUCUACAUGCCGCACGACGACGAGCUAACCCUCUCCCUCCUAAACCGCGCCUGGAACAGCGGCUUCGACGCCCUGGUCCUAACGACAGAUACAUGGCAGCUCGGCUGGCGGCAUGAGGACGUCGCAAACUCAAACUAUGCCUUCUACCGCGGGCUCGGCGCAGACCUAGGACUCAGUGACCCCGUUUUCCAGCGUCGAUGCCGUGAAUCAGGGAUUGACCCCGAGAAGGACGUCGUCGCCGCCUCAACAAAGUGGAUUGACUCCGUCUGGCAUGGCCGCGCGUGGUCGUGGGACAAGAUCCCCUGGCUGAUCGAGCAGUGGAAGAAGAUCUCCGGCGGGAGACCGUUCGUCAUCAAGGGCAUUCAGUCUGUCGGUGAUGCUCGAAAAUGCGUGGAGCUUGGUGUCGAUGGAAUUAUAGUGAGUAAUCAUGCCGGGAGGCAGGUCGACGGGGCGAUUGCGAGUUUGGAUGCGUUGGAAAAUAUUGUGGAGGCUGUUGGUGAGAGGUUGUACAUCAUGUACGAUUCGGGGGUUCGAGGCGCGAGUGACGUUGCAAAGGCGCUUGCUCUGGGCGCAAAGUUUGUGUUCGUGGGACGGCUUUGGAUCUGGGGCUUGAGUAUCAUGGGAGAGGAAGGGGUACGGCAUGUGAUGAAGUCGUUGCUGGCGGAUUUUGAUAUCCUCAUGGCUGUUGGAGGGUUCAACCGUGUUGCGGACUUUGAGCGGUCUACGCUUGAGUCAUAUCCAAAAUCGUACACACUAAUCCCAGACAGGGUGCUAUAG